AACGGCGCCAUUUUGAAACUUGUUUGGGUGAGUCGAGAAAGCAGCGAAGAGAAUCAGAGCAAAGUUUGACAGAUUCGUGCAUCUAAAGUUGCCUUUUUCACAGGCAUUGUAGAGUUGGGUGUGAGCUAGUGAGGAUCCGCGGACGCCGCCACCAUGAGUCGACUGUACGACACGGUCGAGCCGGCGGUCAUUGAUGAGGAGAUGCUGCAGAAGGCCGUGGAGGAGCAGGGACCGAAGGACGAGGCUGGACGCAUCGCCAAACAGGAGGGCAUCGACUUCGCAGACGUCCUGUCUCUCAGACUAGACUUUAAAAACAUUUUGAAGAUAGACAACCUGUGGAGGUUCACCAGUCUAACCAAGCUGCAGAUGGACAACAACAUUAUAGAGAAGAUUGAGGGAAUGGAUGCACUGGUCAACUUGGUCUGGCUGGACCUCUCCUUCAACAACAUUGAGGUGAUUGAGGGUCUGGACAAGCUGACCAAGAUUCGAGACCUGACCCUGUACAACAACAAGAUCUCCAGCAUAGAGAACAUGGACGCCCUGGUGGACCUACAUGUCCUGUCUGUGGGCAACAAUGAGCUGGACCAGCUGGAAAAUCUGAUCUACCUGAGAAGAUUUAAACAGCUGAAGACCCUGAACCUGAGUGGGAACCCUUUCUGUGAUGAUCCCAACUUCAAACACUAUGUGAUCGCCUACCUACCAACUCUGCAGUUCCUGGACUACAGGCUGAUUGACGAGAACACAAGGGCAGCAGCCAAUGAGCAGUACACAUACCCCAUCCAGCAGCUGGAGCACAACGAGGAACAGGCGAGGAAGAGGAUUGAGGACCAGGAGGCAAAGGAGGCAGAAUUCAGCCUCCACAAGGGUGCGUAUGUGGAGAACCUGAAUGGCUCUGCUCUGUUUGACUCCAUGUUUGCUGAUGACACAGAGGGACCCAAACUGGCUCUACUCCCAGGCGUGGAUGAACUCCUCACUGCCUACAAAGAGAAGUACACAGCGAUCUGCCAGCAGAUUUUUGAGUACGGUCUGAAGGAGCACCAGAGACGCGGGGAUGAAGUCAGCGGCUUCCAGACCGCCGUGGACGAAGCUAAGGAAGACAACAGGAACAUGGGCAUGAGGAAAAUCAAUGACUUCAACGAUUAUCGGAGAAAGUUGUUCACUGAGCUGGCACAGAGUAGUGACCAGGCACACAUCGACACCUCCCUGGAGCAGCACAACAAGGAGAUUGACAAGUUGUGGGACAGCCUCAUGGCCCUGGAGAUGCAACUGGUGGACCAGCUUGAGGAUACCAUCAAGGAGUUUGAACGGAACAUGGCUGAUAUGGUGUCUACUUUUGUGGAGAACGUCCAAGCACUGAUCUCUCAAUGUCGUGACCUUGAGAACACCCACAAUGAGAAACUGCUGGAGGUUGCCAUAGUAACGCUGGAGAAGAUGGUGAAGAAUGAGCUGGAUGACGAACUGCCUGAUGAUGUCAGAAUGCUCUUUGUGGACAAAGACACCAUCACAAACGCGGUCGGCGCGUCACACGACCUCCACCUGCUGAAGAUCGACAACAAGGAGGAUGACAUCAUCACGCGGGCCAACAACUGGCUGGCGGCGCUCAUGGAGCGCGUGCACAACGAGGAGGAGGUCAAACGCAACCGACACCGCGUCUCCGAGAUCAACAACUUCAUCGACCACCUCCGAGAAGAGGUGGAGACGUUUGAAAUCCAGGCAGCGUAGAGGGAUAGUAGUAGUAGUAGAAUCAGUAGACUAUACUGCUUGUGGAUGUGGUAUCUUUACUAUGCACAGUUUGAGCUCUUCCAGCGAUAUACUCUAGUGUAAAUAAACCUGCUUUAUGUUGAUCAAAUUCCAAAAAUUUUGAUUUGUGUUUAUCAGAUAUAAUUUCUCUGAAGGCUGUGUGGACAAAAUUUGCGUCACCAGGGACAAGGAGGCAUUGUGGAUUUGGUACAGUAACUGUAAAUCACUUUUGUUCGUGGUACUUGGUUUUCACGGUCACUUCUGUACUGCGAAUAUCAUUACUACUGCAAACAGAUAAUUCGCUGACUUUCUUUCUUCUGCACCUGCUGCCACCAAAAACAUAUUAAUAGUUCCGCGAACAGAUGUCUAUUUUUCUCUGUGAACUGCUACCGCAAAUAUAAAGUGAUUUACAGUAUCUUUUGUAUGCACAGUUUGAGCUCUUCCAGUUAUAUAUACUCGUGACAUUGAUCCUGUAAAUAAAACAGCUUUAUGUCAAUCAAAUUCAAACAAUUUUGAUUUGUGUCUAUGAGAUAUAAUUUCUUUGUGUGGACCAAAAUUUUUGUUGCCAGGGACAAGGAGGCAUAACUGAAUUCAACCACAAUUAUUCAGGCUGUACUGUGUUCUUUUGCUACAAAUAGUGAGUCACAUUCGGGAUAUAUGAUGCACUGUGAAAAUUGACUGCUGGUUUGUUACCAGGCAGUAGGAGGCCUAAAAAAUUUAUAGAAACAACAUUUUCUGUAUGCUUUCAGGAUGACAACGUCUUUGUAUAUAGCCUUGUAGAAGCAAAGCUAUAUGAACAACAUUAUGACAGGUGGCUCCCUAGAUUUUUCCUUAGAAGUUUCUCUAUUAAUAAAACAUCAAGACUUUAUUCUACAUCCAGAUGUAUUCUCUGGCAAUAGUAAAAUAUGUCAUCUGAGGGUAUAUUUAGUUUCGUUGACAUGUCAUGGUUGCAUAACAUCAUAAACUAGGAAUAAAUUUUGAUUCCUAAAUUACUUGUCAAUGAAUGAUUCCACAAACAAAAGAAGGGGUACAUUUCACCUGUUUGUUUAUUAGAGGCUAUGGUAUAACUCUCGCCAAAUACUCUGUGAACAUUUUUCGGUAUUAGACACGCUUGUACAUCUUUGUCAUUAAAAAUCUUUUCUAGGUAUCUGUAUUGCAUAUUUUCUAUUCAAGUUCAUUAUUUACAUGUCCGAACAAGCCUCACCAGGAGACUAUAAAUUUUAACAGUGUACAUCUGAAGUAAGUCAUUUUAUUUCUUAACAUGACUGAUAUCAUUAUGAACAACAUUUUUUAUUCAGAUGCACAUUUCUAAUCUAUUCAGGACAUGUUACAUCCUUGCAAACCCAGUUGCAGGUCACAAUGUAUAUGAAUUACAAUUAUUAUUAAUAAAGUUGAUGGUCAUAAAAUGUGAUAGCAGCUAUAAUGCAAUUUUGAAUAGAAAAUUUUGGGAUUCUUUUUCAAGCUCAAUUUUGACUUAAAAUACACAAAACUAAGUAAAACAUGACACAAUACCCAAGACUAGCAUAGUACCGGUAUUACAAUUGUUGAGAUAGAAAGCUUACUUUUGAGUAAACCCCACUAGAUAUAUUCUUAAGUAAAUGUACAAGUCUUGUGCUAUUUUUUGUUUCUUCUUAGCAAAAAAGUGCAUAAAACAGGAAUUUGCUCACAUUUUUUAUCAGAUAUUAUCUGAUCUGAAAUAUUACACAGGCUAAAAUUAUACACAAUGUUAAAAUUCCGAUUACACAGAAAU